CAUGUCAAGGAGAAGUGAGUUAUAUAUUCGUUUGACGUGCCAUUUACUCAACUUAUCCGCCAACCACCGCCUCCACCAUGUCGACCGCGACGGAAACUUCGUCCAUCCAGAUGCCUUCUUCGACCACCACCCCAGAAUUUACCGCGUUUUCUCGCGUAAUUUCCAUCCCUCUUAUCCAGUCUUCACUUGAGGCUGUCAGCCAAGCAUUGGCUAACAACACCUAUACAAAGUCUCCGUAUUCAACCGCCAAGGGCCUCUCCACUUCCGCCUACAAGUACACCGAGCCCAUUCAGAUUCGCCUGGCACCCUACAUUGCAAGUGUAGACGGUUACGCGAACAAGGCGGUCGAUGUCGUUGAGUCUAGGUAUCCAUACGCUUUCACCGCGAAGCCGGAGGAGGUCGUCGAACUUGUCAGGAAGCGCAGGGCCAGCGCUUCGAAGGCUAUCGAUGAGAGGGUGAAGCAGCCAGCCUUCCAUGUCGCCCAAGGGAUCGACCAGCAAUUUACGCCUCUCCUGAACUAUGUCGAAGGGGCAUAUACUCGGAUCAGCCCUGAAUCCCAACCUUCGUCGCCCACUGAAUCCAAGUACCAGUAUCAGCGCGCUCUGGCUCUCUACAAGUCCAUCGGGGGCCAGCUUUACGGAUAUUCCAAUGAGCAAAUAAAACAGAUCCAGGCACACUCAGUUCUCGUACAAAAGGCAACGGAAACGUCGCAUUCAAUUAGUGCUCUCGCUUCUUCCUCCAUCACCAACGCCCAGACUCGUAUCCAUUCCCUCUCAGACAACAUGCUGGCUGAACUCCAGAAGCUCCAGGCUUCAUCUACGGCCCUGGCCGCCUCACUUCAAAACUCUGCCACCUCCACCCUGCACAACUCUACGACACAGCUUCAAACUCAGAUCCCACCUCAGGUCCAAGAGAUCUACAACGACUUCUCGCAGCGUCUGUCUACCACAAUCGCCGAUCUUCGCACUAUUGUGUCGGCGAAGGACAUGCCAUUGCCGGAGAAAGUUGGUCGCGUUGGGGCUGAGGUGAAGGAACAGGUGUCACCGUUGCUGGACAAUUUGAAGGCAACCGUUACGGAGCUCCUUGCCCGGGGCCGCGCUGCAGUCCCUGGGAGCCCUUCCGCACCGACAGUGAACGGAAUUAACGGUCAUGCGCAAUAAGCAACGGUGCUGAUCAUAGAAUGGUUUAUCGACUUUUUUCUCUCACUUUACUUUAUCUUGACGCCCCCCAGUACUGACUGUCGCGGUUCUUUAUGCACCUCUAUGUUUCGAUGAAUGUCUGUGUAUGGCAUAUCCUACGGUUUGAAUGGCCGCCGGUCUUCCUGAUUUGUAGAUUAGUGGUAACUUUGUACUUACUUAUUCACCUCGCAUUGAUGAUCAUAGACGGCUACUACGUGACUUUAUAUUGAAAGAGGCAGGGUAGAGAUGAAUGGAUGACAAACGGAUGUAUGAUCCGAGACCACCCUGAUUUCAAUGGGAUUCCUUUCUACUUUGUGUAGUAGAAUUCUAACCAGGCCUGGG